GAAAGGCGGGGGUUGGCUAUGGAGAGAGAGAGAGAGAUAGAGUUGAUAGGGGCCAGGCGUUUUGAUUGACAGCGGGGCGGGAGGAGGGAAAGCGCCGAGGGGAAAGUUGCAGAGGCGGAGAGAAGGGGGAGAGGAAAGGUGUCUGCGAGGAAGGGAGAGGAAAGAAGAAGGAGAAGGAGAAGAGCAGAGCCUAUAUAGGAGGACUCCCUUCGCCUCAGGAGGAGAAGAAGAAGCAGGGGAACUUUCUCUUUGAGGGAAGGAAACACGUGGAAGGGUUUUGUCUCCCUCCCGUUGCGACGUGGGACAAGCCACAGAAGGAGUUCUUCUUCUUGCGAGGAUUGACUUCCCCUCAGAAAGUUGCCAUGGUCUGAGAGGAGGCUCCUCAGGACGCUUCAGGACUUCCAAAAUGGCGGGGCCGGGAAGGGGCCACUUGGGGGCCCUUUGGAGGCGCCUCCUGCCUCUCCUCCUCCUCCUCCUGCUGCUCUCCUUCCGGGCCUCCUCCUCCUCCUCGCCCUGCGACGGCGACUCCUGGGGCUGCUCCUGCCUGGGCGGCGGGAGGGUGGACUGCAGCCACCGGGGGAUCCGGGACCUCGCUCUUCCGGGCGCCCUGCCCGCCGGGGCCCUUCACCUAAACCUGAGCCACAACAAGUUGACAGAGAUUGAUCCUUCUGCAUUUGCGAAGCUGCCAAACCUACGGGAGGUGAGACUGAAUAACAAUGAACUGACAGCUAUUCCUUUUCUGGGAGCAGCUUCAGCCCACAUAACUUAUCUGUACCUGAAUCGCAACAAGAUCCAUAGCAUUGAAGCGAGCCAACUGGAGCCUUAUGUUGCCCUGGAAACAUUGGAUCUGAGCUCAAAUAACAUCACAGAAAUCCGAAGUGGCUGUUUCCCAGUCGGGCUUCGUAUUAAGGAACUCUCUCUGGGGAGCAACAGAAUCAGCAUCCUUGAGACCAAGGCUUUUGAUAGCCUGUCGGAAUCCCUGCUAACACUUCGCCUGAGUAAAAACAGGAUCAGCCAGAUUCCUGUUAAAGGAUUCAAGCUGCACAGGCUAAUGCAACUAGAACUAAACCGAAAUCGCAUUCGUCAGAUAGAUGGCCUGACAUUUCAAGGCCUGGAGAGUUUAGAAGUUCUGAAGUUGCAGCGUAACAACAUAAGCAAACUGACUGAUGGAGCUUUCUGGGGUCUGGCCAAAAUGCAAGUUCUCCACCUGGAGUACAACGCUCUUGUAGAAGUGAACAGCGGCUCCCUGUAUGGCCUUGCAUCUCUACAACAGAUUCAUCUUAAUAAUAACUUGAUAUCACACAUCAGCCCUGCUGGAUGGAACUUCUGUCAGAAGCUGACUGAACUGUCGUUGUCUUAUAACAACCUAACGAGACUGGAUGAAGGGAGCUUAGCUGACCUGGGAGGACUACAGAUACUCCAGCUCAGCCACAACUUCAUCAGCCAUAUUGCAGAGGGAGUUUUCAAGGGACUCAAAAGCUUACGUGUUUUGGAUCUGGAUCAUAACGAGAUUUCAGGCACAAUAGAAGACAUCAGUGGAGCCUUUAAAGGCCUGGAAAACUUAAGCAUGCUAACUCUGUUUGGAAACAAGAUCAAGUCUGUGGCCAAGGAGGCAUUCUCAGGCUUGGAGGCCCUGGAACACCUGAACCUUGGAGCUAAUGCCAUACGGUCUGUUCAUGAGGAUGCAUUUGCCAAGCUGAAGAACCUGAAGGAACUCCACAUAAAUAGUGAGAGUUUCCUGUGUGAUUGUCAGCUCAAAUGGUUGCCGUCGUGGUUAACCAAGAAGGAGCUGCGACCAUUUGUGGAAGCUACCUGUGCCCACCCAGAGUCAUUAAAGGGCAAAAGCAUUUUCGAUGUGGUGCCAGAAAGCUUUGUGUGCGAGGAUUUCCCAAAGCCCAAGAUCAUUGUUGAACCAGAAACUACAAUGGCUGUCCUCGGCAAGGACAUCCGCUUCACCUGCUCCGCUGCCAGUAGCAGCAGUUCCCCCAUGACCUUUGCCUGGAAGAAGGACAGUGAAAUCCUACACCAUGCAGACAUGGAGAACUUUGCCCAUGUUCGGGCCAGUGAUGGGGUGGUGAUAGAGUACACCACCAUCCUCCACUUGCGCCAUGUCACUUUCUCCCAUGAGGGCCGCUACCAAUGCAUCAUUACCAAUCAUUUUGGUUCCACCUAUUCUCACAAAGCUCAGCUUACUGUCAAUGUGUUGCCCUCCUUCCUGAAAACUCCUUACGACAUUGCAGCCCGAACAGGGACAACAGCCAGGCUAGAGUGUGCCGCUGGUGGUCACCCCACUCCCCAAAUUGCUUGGCAGAAGGAUGGAGGCACUGAUUUCCCUGCAGCUCGUGAGCGCCGGAUGCACGUCAUGCCCGAAGAUAAUGUUUUCUUUAUCACAGAUGUGAAGAUAGAGGACAUGGGCAUUUACAGCUGCACGGCUCAGAAUUCCGCUGGUUCUGUGUCAGCAAAUGCUACUUUGACAGUGCUAGAGACUCCAAGUUUAGUUCAUCCCCUGGAAGAUCGAGUUGUAUCUGUUGGGGAAACAGUGGUUCUGCAGUGUAAAGCAACAGGAAGCCCACCUCCGCGCAUCAACUGGCUAAAGGGCGAUCAGUCUCUAAUGCUCACUGAAAGGCAUCACUUUACCCCAGGCAAUCAGCUGCUUAUUGUCCGGAAUGUCAUGAUGGAAGAUGCUGGAAAAUACACUUGUGAAAUCUCAAAUACAGUUGGGACAGAACGGGCACAUAGCAAAGUUAGUGUCUUGUCUUCACUGGAAUGCCAAAACGAUGGAACGACUGUUGGGAUCAUUACUAUUGCUGUAGUAUGUAGCAUCGUGCUGACCUCUUUGGUUUGGGUGUGCAUCAUUUAUCAAACCAGAAAGAAAAAUGAAGAAUACAGUGUCACAAAUACAGAUGAGACCAUUGUACCCCCUGAUGUGCCAAGCUAUCUAUCCUCUCAGGGAACAUUGUCGGAACGGCAAGAAGCAGUGGUCAGAGUGGAAAGUGGCCAACAGCCCAAUGGGCACCUACAGAGCAAUGGAGUUUGCCAGACUGAUAGAGGGAGGGAUCCAGAGGCCGAUCCUCACCCUGUUGUUUACCGGCAGCCAAAGUUAUGCUUAGGAUACAACAAAGAGUCUUGGAAAGGAGAAGAUCUAGCUGACAGGAUGCUUGUUGCAGACAAGACAGGUUACGGCCUUCCCGCUGUCUAUACCAAUUGCAGUGGCAGCACAGACAGCAUGAGUGUCACCAUUUUCCCCAAGGAUCUGGAUUAUUACCCUCUGCCUGCAGAAACGAUGCCUCCAAACGCUUCCAAGGAGUCUAGCAGGGCCUGUGACAGCAUCCCUGGAACUAACUGUCCAAGUCCUCCAAAGUGUAAUGGAAGUACGAAUACCAGGAACAACUCCUAUGUUGGUGACACUAUCUAUCCCAGUAAUCAUGACAGGAUACCAGUCGCAAGCCCCAGCAUGUCACCUCACGCAGACAGCAAAGGUUCUUCACCACCUUUAGGAAAACCUUCUGAGCCUCAUGGCCUCUUGUUGCCUCCUGAGGGGUCACUUGAGCCUCUAAAAGGGAGACCUGAACUCUCUCAGACUUUAGCAGAAGAGGCAGAGGCGAAGCAAAGGCUCCUCCUUCUCCCCAAUGGACACUUACCGAGGUCAUGUGACUCCCUUCAUGAGUCAAGCCACUGAAAAGAUUGCCACGCUUGUGUGCAAGUGGAAUAUGGGACAUUUCUAGCGAACCUGCAGGAUCUCUUUGCACGGAACUGGCUAAGGCUACUUCUACCUCAAGUUCUAAACGAACAGCUUGUCAAAGGAAAAGAAAAAAAAAGAAAACGUAAUGAGGUAUCGGAAGCAAGCUUGUGUGGGGUUACAAAGCCUUGUCUAAAUGGUGCCCACUUGUACAUAAAUAGUUUUUAAAACUUCGUUGAGAAGUAUUUGUGGCUCACACGUCGGCUUGCCUAUAAAGCACAGAAAUGCAAAUGGCUUUGGUGUAAAGUGAACAGAAAAAAGUAUUUGAUAACAAAGUUUGUACAUAAGAGUUUUCAUAUAUGUAAAUCUAUCUAUCUAUAUUAUAUAUGUAUAUCUUCUAACAGAGGCUAUUUUAUUCCCUUGGUGCAUGACUGAACUGAGUGAAAUGAUGCAAUGUGGACAGUAGACAUUAUUUUCUUGCUAUAAGGUGGUUGCUGGGAUUUUGUUUUAACACACACAACAUACACACCAGGAACUAUUGUGAUGCCUUAGAUGGAACUUUAAGGAAAGGCCCAUCCUGUUUAAAUAGGAAAGACUUUGUUGGUGAUCCCUCCUUUCAUUAGCAAGUACUGGAUUGUUGUUAGCUAGGAUUUCUCCUCAGAAAUGCCACCUUUGGAGCACAGUCCUCUUAACAGGUCCACUCAUCUAGUUCCAUGAUAUUUAUUCCCAAUGUGCAUCAUUUUAGAAGUUUAGAUGAAUACAUUAUUUCAGCAGAGCUUGAGAAUUCUAUUUUUUGGGAUGUGAUAGCUUCCAGUAGUCGUAAGCUAACAGGGCUAGCCAAGCUGUUGUCUGGAAAAGUAACUUUUCCAAGCUCAGGGCCAAGCUUAUGCAAAGUGCUCUUGGUUUCAGUAAAGUUGGAUCCAUACCAGCAAGAGGUUGGUGGUAACUUAAUUUCUUUUUAAGUAGUGUUUAAAUGUUAUAACUCCCAGUAUGGACAAUAAAUAACAGCCAUACGUAACUUCAAACCAUAUUUUAGAUCACAACCUAGAUCUAUUUAAAUGCUAACCAUUCUCUGAACUAGGCAAUGAUGUGUGCCUACCUGCAGAACACUAUUAGUUGCUAUAUAUACUUCAAAAAGAAGCAAGCAAAAGACUAUUAGUGAUUGGCAAGCACUUCUUAAUCUCUUGAAACCCCCCUAUUUUCAUCAUGGCAUCUGCCCCAUUCUGUGGGGAUAUUAAAUUAUGUCACUAAUAUUUAGGUUUUCCUCUUGACACCAUAUUCACCCAGAGAUAUUUUUUUUUAAUUCUUAGAAUCCAGAAUGUUAGUGAGCUUUCUUUCUGGAUUUGAAGAAACCUCUCUGAAUUAUGGAAAGACUUUUGAUUUAUGUUCCUCCAAGGAAAUAGAUUGGGGGGGGGGGGGAGCUAUUCAAAAGGUUGUAACAACAAAGGCUACUAUUUUUAUUUAAUUUCUUUUUGAUAAAAAAAAAGAUAUUGUUAUCAGUCGCAGAGAGCUAUCAGUUACCUAAGCACUAUUACAAUGCAAACAAACAAAAUGCAAUGUGAACACACACAGGAAAAAAGCAAGUUUGAUAUGGAGCAUUUUAUUUAUAAGUUCUGCUUCUUCUCUUAAAUGUUUUUACCUGUGUAAAACAAACAAUUAUGAGGGAAAUUGUUUUUUAGAUCAGGCAUUGGAAAACUUCAACCCUUCAGGUGUUUUGGACUUCAACUCCCACAAUUCCUAACAGCCAGGAAUUGAAGUCCAAAACUCCUGAAGGGUUUGAAGUUAGCCCAUGUCUGUUGUAGAUCUAAACAGAAAACUGUUGAAUUUAAGUUAUGACUUUGGGCCAAAAUGGCAUUUCAUGUUUUCCCCUCCCAUGAUGUAAGAGUUAAGAUACACCUGAGAGUUAAGAGAGCUAAAAUGGUGCAGUGGUUUGAGUGUUGGAUAAGGAUAAAGGGAGACCCGGGUUCAAAUAUUCGCUCAGCCAUGAAAACUUACUGGGCAAGCUGCAUCCUCUCAGCCUCUGAGGAAGGCAAAGGCAGGUACCUUCUCAACCCAAAGCGUACCCAAGAAACCCUGUGAUAGCAUUGCCAUAAAUCAGGAAUGAUUUGAAGGCACAUAACAACAAAGCCAUGACUUAAAGGCCAGUUUCAGAGAUGUCAAACUAGGGUCAUAAGAAAUCUCAGUUCAGAGCAGUGUAAGGAAGAGCUUGCUUAGAGACUCGGGGUUGCCUAUGGGACAGGCUCAGUCCCAUUCUCAACACCAGUGGAAGCUUUUAGUGGGCCUGUAUCAUGCUUUUUCCACUUUUAAGUAAGGUGUGAGUAUUGCUUUAUAUCGCUUUGUCUCAAUACCUCUUGUCACUAAAUAGUGGCAGCAUGAGGCCAGGGUAGGAUGCAUUUACACUGCAAAAUGAAUGCUGUUUGACACCACUUUAACUGUCAUGGAAUGCUGCCAAAGAGUGCUAGUGCCUCACUAAACUAUAUAUCCUAAAAUUCCAUAUAGCAUUGAGCCAUGGCAGUCAAAGCAGUGUCAAACUACAUUCAUUCCACAGUGUAGAUCAGUGGUUCUCAACCUGCUGGUAAAUUGGCUGGGAUUUCUGGGAAUUGUACGCCAAAACACUUGGGGACCCACAGGUUGAGAACUACUGGUGUUGAUGAACCCAAAGUUACUCUUUGACUCUGGAGUAUAUAUUUUUCUUCUCAUCAUUGGUACCAUUGUACCACACUUGAAUAGAAAGCAACCCAUAGUUUGGGUAGACAGCCAUCAUCUAUGAAUGUUUCACCCUCUUGUUUUGAGUUCCUACCAAGUUUUCCUGGAUCAAGAAAGCUGGCAGGUUUCACACUUUUCCCCAACGUUGGGUAGAGCCUGUAUUUUGCACCUCCAUUAAAAGAAUUCUAACGUCUCCCAGCUCUUUGAUGGAGGUAUGCAACUGUAAAGCAAAGACUCAGUGCAGCAUUAUUGCUUCUUGACAGGAGAUGCACUUGCACUUUCUGGUAGAUGGCUAAUUUUGUGAGGUGCCAAUUCGAAGCUAUUCACUCACAUUAAGACUAGUAAUAAAUGACUGGCCAUUGGGGAAAACACAAAAGGGUUCCGGGUGCCUUUCCAUCAAGGUAAUGUAAAAAAGGCAGAAGGAAGGUGUGGAAUUAGGUAAUAAGCUUUUUAAGAGUGGCGAAGUAGGAGUUUUAGGUUGGGGGUGGAACAUCUACACAGAGAAACAUAGGAAAAAGGUAUCACCAUUGGAAACAUUAAGGAUCAAGCACACUUGCCACCUAGACAUUUUUUUAAAAAAAUACUGUAUUUUUGGAUAUGGUUAACUGUUCAUUCUAAUGUUACUUCCACUAAAUAUGUGAAUCUGCUGCUUCUGAGAGGCAAUGUGAAAGAGGAAGUAUUACUUUUGUGUACAAAGUUAUUUAUUUAUUAGAAAAAUUUUGGUACAAUGUUGUACAUUGAGAAGUACAUUGUAAAAAUAUUGAAAGUGUCUAACAAAUGGCAUUGAAGUGUCUUUAAUAAAGGUUCAUUUAUAAUAUCAUUA